AUGAUGCACAUCACGCUAGCACUUGAGCUUCCCACUGCAAUAUCCUCGGCAUCGCAGGCAAUCGCCAAGGCGCUAUGCUUACGGGAAGACGAGAAGGUGAAGCGCAGGUGUCAAGGGCUCAAGCAGAGCGAAUUAAAAGCCUUGAAGAGGACUCUUGCUCAGAUAUCCUGCGAAAUCGAGCGGCUCCGAUCGUCCCAGGCGGAAUUCGCGCUGUACUUGGACAAGGUCGCCUCCAGCCUUGACGAGGUAUUAGAGAGCGAGUACUGUUUGAGCCGCUCGGGUGAUAUCAGCCCGGUAUUCAACCCGGGGCUGGCUCGAUAUCAAACGCUCGCAACCUUUGCCGCCAUCCUUGCCCACAGGCCGGCCGACUUUGAGGUCAUCGAGGCCAUCCGCGUCGGCGUAGCGGACAAGCUGUCGAGGCUCUCGUAUCUGUUGGAAGAAUUCUGCGACGUGCUCGACGACCCCGACCCCAACGAUCUGGAAGCAUCCCACAUCCACGAAAGCACGAGUCAGAGGAGCUUCCCGAGCCCCCGUAUCGCGAUUGGCGCCUUCCCUGACGUCCGGAGUCUGGCGGAGAAUUUGCACGACAUCUUGCACAAGUACUGGCCGUGCCAUCAAACGCAUCAUGACCAUUCCGGAACGUUGGGCCAGUGCGACCGAGCCAACAUGCAGCUUGAUCCUCAGUGGAUCAUACGAGGAUCCGAAGAACGCCGCUUCUUCAUGAUCUUAACAGGUGCCGACAUUACCCAAGAAUGCAGGAUUCAUCUUUCCGAGACCCUGGCGGGUGGUGGUGACGAUGACCUACUCUGUCUCUUGCGCCAUGACGAGUGCAAAGAGUGCUGUCUUUUUCUCAUGGCGGAUACUUCUGGUCAACUCUGGGAGAACGCCAAUACAGUCCUGGACCUUCAGCUUCAUAUACAAAGCGACCCACGAAAGCCAGCCGAGUACAAGUUGCUAAGCUUGAGGCAACUACUCCAAGCCCUGGAGCCUUCUUAUGCUGCAAAGCGGGUUAUCGGUAUGAUACUGGCACGGUCGUUGCUGGUCUUACUAAACGGUCCAUGGGUUGGUAACUCGCUUUCGAUGGAUGAUGUCUUUGUCUUUUGCCAGUUCGAGCAUGGCGAGCCACGGCCCUUCUUCGACAAAGUUUUCGUUUCGACCCGGUUCGGCAAGAGCAUCAACACACCCCCAGUUCGACGGCCGCGGAACGCUCACCCGUUUCCCGCCAUCCAGGCCCUUGGCAUUCUCAUAGCUGAAGUUGAGCUCGCGGAUGACCUUGAGGGAAUCUACCGUGAUGUGUCUCCAAAGGACAAGGUCCAGAAGCCCGGACAGAUUGCCAUGAUGCUGUUUAGGGAAGCCCAGAAGCGACUUCCUGGGGGAGCAGGGGUUCUCCGCGCCAUCAGAUUCUGCCAGGAACGCAGCUCGCUAGAGAAGUAUGUAUAUCGGACCACGUCGGGUUUCCUUCAAGAAGAUGCCGACUUCGUCAAGGACUACUACCUGAAUAUCGUUCGGCCGCUAGAAGAAGAUCUCGUUGUUGGAGCCAAUUGGUCAUGGGACGAGAUCAACUGGAAUCAAUCCAGAGAGCUGGACGACUGUGGCAUUGCCAAGAUCAUCACAAGACCAGCACCCGGAGCUGUUGUGGGGAGCAGGGGGAACAAGAUGGUAAACACGCUACCUGCACUUAUGGAGGAGAGCGACCACUGCCCUACGCCAAAUUUACAUCAGCAACGGCUACAGUUGCAAAACCGAAUAGACGCAGAUGUUGUCUUCGACGCAGGAAGCUGUGCCCUCGCCAGCGAUGAAGUUUCGCUCACCACAGACGACUGGUUCGCUGAGCUCAAGGAUGUCCAUAAGAACUUGAACCGAGACCGAAUGGACUCGCUCAGCGAGGAAGAGUUGGAAGACCUCGUCAAAGUGGCGGUCAUAGACACGGGAAUCGACUUGAGCCACCCCGAGUUCCAAGCCGUCUUGAAGAGCGGGCAGCUGGAUCCUGGCAUCGACCUCGUUGAUCAAGGCAAGACGAUCUCGGACGAGGAUGGGCAUGGCACCCACGUGUGUCACACCCUUCUCCAGACAGCACCAUACGCGAAGCUGUAUCCCAUGAGAGUGUUUAGAACCAGCACGCGGGAAGCGUCCACACCGGGUCUUAUCAAGCAGGUGCGUAAUUGUGACCGUGCUCCGUGUCUAGUUCGCUACGCCUUUCACGACUUUAACUCUCAUGGUUAUCAGGCCAUAUUUCACGCGAUAGAGACAUGGGACGUAGACAUCAUAUCCAUGUCCUUUGCGUUUGAACAGGAAGAAGUGGCCAUCAAGGAGGCUUUGUACCACGCCAAGUCAAGAGUCUCGCAGAAGAACGUCCUGAUGUUUGCCGCCGCGUCGAACAAUCGCUCUCUUCGGGUUGAACCAAUUGGCUAUCCGGCUCGGGCCAUGGAUCGCGUCAUAUGCGUCAACUCGUCCACCGUGGACAUGAAGCGUUCCAGCUUCAGCCCCAAGGGCAUUCCCGGGCAACCAAACCUCAGCGUCGUAGGUGAGAAUGUGGAUGCCGCGUGGCCGCUAUUUGGAGCUGGCGAGACGCAGGCGACGCGCAGGAGAAUGAGCGGCACUUCGUGUGCGACCCCGAUUGUCGCAGGUAUCGCGGCCAUGACCCUUGACUUUGCGAAGAAGGACUUGCCGGAGCUGCGCUGUCUCCCAAAAUGGGAUGUGACGAAAGGACAGCUAUGGGACACCUAUGGCAUGAGGGCUGUCCUGAAAAAGUGCAUGACCGACGAGACGCGAGAUGAGUCGUACAGCUUCAUCAAGCCAUGGAGGCUGCUGAAAGAGACGGAUGUAGCGAUUGCUGUGAAGAUCAUCGAGGCACUGGAAAGGAAGUACAGGUGA